GCCUUAUUCCCGGCCUCUCGCUGGGAGCGCUCAGUCGAUCCCGGAGCCGCGCGCCUCCCGCGGUUGAUUGGUCUGACCGGGGUGCUGGGGCUCGGGCGGACGUGUGAACCUUCAGACAGCAGACAGACGCCCGGCGGCCACGAGCUGCGCGCAGGUCCCAGCCAGGCUUGUACCCAGAAGCGGGCAGCAGACCGUGCCCGGCGGAAUCUCCUGUGCGCUUGCCGCCUGGCUCCGCUUACCCGCGCCCAGCAGCCACCGCCUCCCAAGUGAUCGCUGCCUCGCCGUCUCCUGCGGGUCCGGGACCAUGAAGCUGCUGCCGUCGGUACUGCUGAAGCUUUUUCUAGCUGCAGUACUCUCGGCGUUGGUGACUGGUGAGGGCGUGGAGAGAUUUCGGAGAGGGCUAGCGGCUGCAACCAGAAACCCAAACCCUCCCGCUGGAUCUGCGGACCAGCUGCGACCCACGGAAGGUGACCGUGCCCAGGAAGUCCUGGACUUGGAAGGGUCACAUCUGAAUCUGUACAAAGUUGAUUUCUCCUCUAAACCACAAGCUCUGGCCACACCAAGCAAAGAAGAGCAUGGGAAAAGAAAGAAGAAAGGCAAGGGGUUAGGGAAGAAGAGAGACCCAUGUCUUCGGAAAUACAAGGACUUCUGCAUUCAUGGAGAAUGCAAAUAUCUGAAGGAGUUCCGGGCUCCAUCAUGCGUCUGCCACCCAGGUUACCAUGGAGAGAGGUGCCAUGGACUGAGCCUCCCGGUGGAGAAUCGCUUAUAUACGUAUGAUCACACCACUAUCCUGGCCGUAGUGGCUGUGGUGCUGUCGUCUGUCUGUCUGCUUGUCAUCGUUGGACUUCUCAUGUUUAGGUACCAUAGGAGAGGAGGUUAUGAUGUGGAAAAUGAAGAGAAAGUGAAGUUGGGCAUGACUAAUUCCCACUGAGAAAGACCUUUGCUCAAGGAAUCAGCGGAGGACAGCUACCUCUGAGAAGGCGCAGGUUGCUUGCCACCUCUGUAGAAGGAAAGGACUUCACAAGUAGCCACGAAGACUUCUUCACCUCCAGUGAAUCUUGAUUGGGCCUCCCAUAAUUGCUUUGCCAAAAUACCAGAACCUUCAAGUGCCAAACAGAAUAUGUCCAAUGGGAUCUGGAUCCAAGGAAGGUGAAAGUGGGAGGGGAUCUUCAGGACCUCCUGAUUUUCUCCCACCAAACCUAUUCCUCCAUCAAUUUAAAAAAAUAUUUAAAUACUUACCUUCUGGAUUAAAAUACCAGUUAAAUUCCAUAUGCGCUUUGCCUAAAAAUGCAAAAGGAAGAGAGAAAAAAGAAGGAAAGAUUUGUGGACUGGAAGAAAGCAACAAAGGCUGAGAAGCCACGUACUCAUGUAGCCACCAAGGGAUCUGUUACUUGGACCCUCCAGCGCUGGAUUUGAUGAGCUAACUGUGAAAUACCACAAGCCUGAGAACUCUGAAUUUUGGGACUUCUACCAAGAUGAAAAAAAUAACAACUAUUUUUUGUUGUUGUUUGUUUGUUUGUAAAAUGCCUCUUAAAUUAUAUAUUUAUUUUAUUCUAUGUAUGUUAAUUUAUUUAGUUUUUAACAAUCUAACAAUAAUAUUUCAAGUGCCUAGACUGUUACUUUGGUGAUAUACUGGCCUCCCUCACAUCCCCAUCAUCUGGCUCAAUGCCACACUCCCCUGUGGCAAAUCUGAGAGGGUUCUGUGACCCAUUUAUUUCUGAAGAUCCCCCAGGAUCAGAGUCCCCCAGGGAGAGUUCUGAUGGUUGGGAUGUAGGAGUUAACUUGGUCAGAGCCACUCUAUGAGUUGGACUGCAGUCUUGCCUAGGCAAUUUUGUCUACCAUUUGUGUUUUUAAAGCCAAAGGUGCUGAUGUCACAGUCUAACAGAUAUCAGUGUUUCCCUGUGUCUUCUCCCUGCCAAAUCUCAGAAGAGGUUGGGCAUCCAUGCCUGUAGCUUUUCUGAUACCCCCUUCCCCACCCACCCACAGAGUGGGUGCCCAUUCUCCCUUGUGUCAAGACAUUUCUCUCACUCCUGCCAUUCUUCUGGUGCUACUCCGUGCAGGGGUCAGUGCAGCAGAGGACAGUCUGGAGAAGGUGUUAGCACAGAAAAUUGCUGAGGAGGAAGAGGGAGUUAACUGUUCGUGAUAGUUGGUUAAUUCCCAAUUGCUAAGGAAAAAAUUAGAAGUGGGGGGAACUUGUGGGUAACCCCACCCCAUCACCAAAACUACCAAGGAAUGUUGUCACGAUCUUUUCUGGAAGUUUUUGGUACCAUUUUUGAACUGUUACAACCUGUAUUUCCAAACCUGGUUCAUAUUUAUACUUUGCAAUCCAAAUAAAGAUAACCCUUUCUCCAUGG